AUAGAAUGUAAUCUAAAAAUGAAGAUCAUGUCAAAUGCAAAUAUUGUAAGUAAAGGAUUAAUAUUAAAUAAAUGUAUGCUCAUACAAUAGAAUGCAAUGCAUCAAAUCAUCCUAAUUAUUAAUCGUAAAUCUCAUCAGAAGUCAAAUAGAAUCAAUCUAACUUUUAAAAUUCGAUCAUUCCAAAAUAAUCAAAUACUAUUCAAUAAAGUUCCUAAGGAUAACCUGUUAAUUAUGUUGAAUCAACCAUUUAUAAUUCAUAACAAAAUAGUAGAUUUAAUUAAAAUCAAUCAAAAAUUGGCUUUAGUUAACUAUAAUAGAAUAACACUUAGGAAAUAUAAAGAAAUAAUUAAGAUAAUGUAAAUUAAUAUGAUGAAUCAUUUGUGACAGAGUAUAAGGAAUGUGAGUAUUGUGGUGAAUUAUAUCCUAUUUCAAUCCUAGAUUAACAUUACCCUUUAUGCGAAACAAAAAAAAUAAUUGAAUAGGAAUAAUAUUAAUAUUAACAUGAAUUUGAUGAUGAGGAACAGUUCAAUCAUCAUAAUCAUAACAUUCCAUAAAAUUUUCCUCAACAAAGUAAUCAAUAAUAUUUUUAAUAUUAAAAUUAUAAUGAAGCUUAUUAAAAUUAAUAACCACGUCGGUAAGGAACUAACGUUUAAACCCGUAUAAGAUAAGAAACUUUACCUGAUGGAGCUAUAAGAACUAUUAAAACUUAUAGAAAUAAUCUAACAGGAGAAAUCACUGAAUAAACGACUGUUUAAUCUCCUUAAUAGUAGCGAAUGCCUGGGUUAUUUAUUUUAAAUAAUUAAAGAAAUUCACUUGGAAAUACUAUUUUAAAUAAUAUCUUUAAUAAUAAUCCAUUUUUUGGAAAUUAAUAAGGAAGAAGAUUUUUCCAAAUACCAAUGAUGUAAAUUCUAUUUUUAUAUUAUAAUAGGAGUAUCUUUGGUUAACAACGUCAAAAUAAUUAGGAGUUAGAUAAUUUAGCAGUUAUUAAAUUUGCACCAUAUGAGGGACUUUCUUAAGAAUAUAAAUAAUGCUCAAUUUGCCUUACUAAUUAUGAAGAUGGGGAAGAGCUUAUUCUUCUUCCAUGUAUUCAUAGGUUUCAUAAAACUUGUAUUUCAGAAUGGUUUAAAGAAUAAACUACUUGUCCAAUUUGCAAAACUGAUGUCACCUAAUAGGAAAUGCCUUUUGAAGAAGAUGAUUUAGAAUGA